UACCCGUUAGGUUCGCCGCCACACAGGAUAGGGACAGUAUAGCAUUUGACGAAAGUUAGGCUGCAGGUCCUCAUAAAUUAGGACUAUCUAAACUGCGAUACCAACCCGCCUGUCACGCGUGGACACUGGAUAUUAUUGUAAGAACCUGCUAUCUCUAUUCCAUGAUAUUUCGGUCCCUUCGAAUAAUGUGUGCCAUUUGUAUCAACUUUAUGGCUAACCACUAGACUACCGAAGACGUACGAAUGUAAAAAAACUUUUAAAGUUCAUACACAUUAACACAAAAUGUAAGAGAUGAUGUGAUAGAAAAAGUCUCUGGGCUUUUUAUUCAUCAAGUUUAAUUACCUAUCUAUAUAUAUAUUAUCACUAGUUCAUCGAUUAAUUUCUUGGUCAGACUAUUAUUUUAUCAGUCCAUCCCAACGGGCAAGCAGACAGAUCAACGAUCAAUUAAAACAUGUCACUGCAGAUUGUUCUUUGAUCAUCAGGAAGAUAUAGGAGUCUCGCAUAGAAGAGAUCACAGUUUGCAUCCUACUGUUGCAUUGUGAAGUUGUAAUUAUCCUCAUCAAUAUGAACAAGCUGUUUAUUGUCCUUUUGGCUGUGUGCCUUGUUAGUACACAUGCCUUUGUAAAACGCGAUGCGCCAGCAGGAGAGAACCAAUUAGAGAAGAUACAGAAGCAGUUGCAGGAGUUCUCCAAGAACAUUAAUAACCAAAUGGCCAGUACUUUCGACCCUGAGACCAUGAAGAGGAAUUUCAACCAGUUUGCUGAAAGCAUCAACAAAGCUAUGAGUGACAUGAACAACAAGCCUCCGGCUGCAUAGGAGACGACUGAUUUGUGUAAUGCAAUGUAGACCUUAACCUAACUAUAGUAGAUACAAAAUCUUUUGCCAGUUAUUGUGAAGGCUGUGUGCCUAGAACUAGGAUGCUGAGUUUGGAAUAAAAUAUAUUUUUUGUAAACAUGUAUUGUUUGUUUGGUUUCAUUGAAUUUUAUGAACAGUUUCUUUUUUU